AGUACAUUGAAUUUUCGGGUAAAAAAAUUGACAUUUACCGCCGACAUCAAAAUCAGAGAAAAAACACUUGUAUUUUGGCUGUUUUUCAAUAGAAGGAAAAUAUCUAUCCUGGUUCGCGAUGCCACUUCCGUUGAUUAUACCGAACGCAGUUGAGCCGAUGCAGGUCGAUGCUCAACCUGAGGAUAAUGAAAAUAAUGAAGAGGACAUGUAUAUCGUGGAAAAUUCAUCUCUUGAUUUGGAGGUCUAUGCCAACCAAUAUAUUGGACUUGCUAAGUUGCAUAGGCUAAUUUAUAUUGCGGAUCAUUGCCCGACACUUCGUUUGGAAGCGCUUAAAAUGGCUAUUAACUAUGUCACAACGACCUACAAUGUAACAUUGUAUCAACAUCUACACAAAAAACUAGCCGAUAUAUCCGCUGGAAACACACUACCCGAUGUUACCGUGCAAUCGAGUUCACAGGAUGUUCCGAGUUUUGAUGCAGCGUGGGUAGAGACCAAAAGUAAAAAGUCGGCACUUAAGUUGGAAAAAUUAGACUGCGAUUUAAAGAACUACAAAGCGAAUUCUAUCAAGGAAAGUAUCCGCCGAGGUCACGACGACCUUGGUGACCAUUAUUUAAAUUGCGGUGAUCUAUCUAAUGCACUCAAAUGUUACUCCCGGGCCCGUGACUAUUGCACAAGUGGAAAGCAUGUUGUUAACAUGUGUCUUAAUGUUAUUAAAGUGUCCAUCUAUCUGCAGAACUGGUCUCAUGUUCUGAGUUAUGUUUCAAAGGCAGAAGGUACAACAGAAAUCGCGGAAACAUCCAAGGAGAAAGAUCCAAAUCAAGCUGUAGUUACACGCUUAAAGUGCGCUGCUGGUCUUGCUGAAUUGGCUACACGCAAAUACAAAUCUGCUGCUAAACAUCUUUUGCAAGCCAACUUUGAUUUAUGCGAUUUUCCGGAAAUGAUUUCCACUAAUAAUGUGGCAAUGUAUGGAGGACUAUGUGCCUUGGCUACAUUUGAUCGGCAAGAGUUAAAGAAUGUUAUUUCCAGUAGUUCGUUCAAAUUGUUUCUCGAAUUAGAACCACAACUUCGUGACAUUAUUUUCAAAUUCUAUGAGUCAAAAUAUGCAUCUUGUCUCAAGCUGUUGGAUGAGAUCAAGGAUAAUCUUCUUCUGGAUAUGUAUAUCGCCCCGGUUGUUAAUGCACUUUAUACGCAAAUACGCAACCGUGCAUUGGUGCAGUAUUUUAGUCCGUACAUGUCGGCAGAUAUGCGCAAAAUGGCAACUGCCUUCAAUCGUUCAGUUGGAGCGCUUGAAAAUGAAUUAAUGCAACUUAUACUGGAUGGUCAGAUACAAGCUCGAAUCGAUUCGCAUAAUAAAAUUCUAUACGCCAAGGACGCUGACCACAGAAGUGCCACGUUCGAGAAAGCAAUCAACGUUGGUAAAGAAUUCCAACGUCGCUCACGGAUGCUCAUUUUAAGAGCGGCUAUGGUUAGACAUCAUAUUCACGUUAAGAAUCAACCACGUGAAAGCAAUCAUGCAACGGAAAUUCUCCCAGCUACUGGAUCUUCCACAUCCACUCUAGUACGCAAUUGAUUAAAUCUGAACGAGGACGAGUUCUUCGCACGAUUCAAGAGAAAAACUAAAUAACAGGAACAAACAGCGCAUACAUAAAGUGAAUAUGAUGAACAUGAAAAAGGAAGCUCGACUGUUGAUAGUAGCCUUCGAAUUGAACGAGAUUUAGGACUUUCGAGUUGAAAAAAAGCGAAAUCGAAACAAAAAUACAUUACAAUAAUUGAUAUGUUUUACGAAUAAAAUUUCAGAUACACAUGUUUGAAAACAAUGCAUUUUAUCAUGUUA